AUGGGGAACAUCGUUAAAAAACUAUGUCCAAACAUUGAGAAUGUGGAGCUUACAGAACUAUCGUACGAGAGAAGUACUGACAAUAUUUAUUCUGCAUGCGUCUAUAAUGAUUUUAAAACAGUCAAAAGACUUUUAGAAACAAUGACUAUUGUGGAAAUAAAUCAAAAAAACGAAAACGGCGAUACGGCACUUCACCUAGCCACACGCUAUGGUCAUACAAAUAUUAUUCAGUUAUUACUGGAGAAAUGUGCAUGGCGGUCAAUUCGUAAUGCAAAUGGUAUUACAGCGUUUGAAGAAAUAGUAAAACCUAAACCAGUACUUGAUGAAUUUAAUGAUGAAGAUGUAGCACGCUAUGAGAAUGAAGAACUACAGUACGAAACUGCAAAACGUGUAUUCGAACGUGUCGGAGUACACAAUCGAUUCAUCGGUGAUUGUGCCGUAAGUUGGAAGUACAAUGAAGAUGAGCAGUUAUCAUUAUUAAAACGUUUUCUUUUAAUGCAUGAAUUUGGAAUCAAGUUGGAUCAAUUUAUUGAUUCGAUUAUUGCCAUUGAAAAAAAUUAUAUUGAUAAAGAACUUGGUGAUAUCAAAGGUUAUGAAAUUAUUAAAUCGUUCUUCGCUAUGGCAGUUAAAGAAAGGAAUUUUGUUUAUAUUUUAAAAGCACUUACGGCUGAAACAGAUUUUUUAAAAAUUCUAAAUGUUAAUCUUAUACUGUAUGAAGAAGAAGAUCAUGUGAAUGCGUGCAACAUUACGAGGUUAGCAUCUAUGAUCUCAUAUAGCACUCCAAAACAGUUUUAUCAGGAGAUGGACAAAAUUAUUAUCAAAUUUUAUAAACAACAGGACCAUCUUUAUAGGGUGGCAAAAUGCAUACCAGCAAUUAUACUUCAGGUUGAACGUCAGUUCUUCUUCACGGGUCAAACAUUUGGUGUCAUGAAAAUUAUGGAAAAGGAUCGAGAAAGUUACAGUAUUGGCACAUCGAUUUAUACGCGUACAUUUUUAUCGACAUCAAAGAAUCGUGACUACAUUCAAAAUAUUGGACUCAACUACGAUCCAGCUCCUGAAGUAAUCAUUACAAUAUGUACAUAUAUAGUUAAAAAAGUCAAUACUCCUAUCGCUCUUGAUCUAGAGUAUAUAUCCGAGUAUUCGUUUGAAAACGAAGUACUUAUCGUUCCUUAUACAAGAUUUAUAAUCAAUAACAUUACGCCAAGUGAUGUUAUUGAUGGUAUUCUCGAUAUCGUGUUAGAAUCCGUCGGUUGA